CAGCUCUCUGUCGGAGGCACCAGGCUAAAGGCUAAAGCAGCUCAGAGGCUGUAAUCCCCGUAUGAAACCAUCAUGGCUGCCACUCGCUGAGCUGUCAAGCUCUCCACAAAAGAAAAGAAACCUGAAGGAAAAAAAACCAUGGAUUCGGGGGAUAUUUGCGCAGUUACCUCCAGAGGAGAUAAUAAACGGCGUGUCAACAAGAAGAAUAGAGAUUGGCACAAACGGCUCCAUCUCAGGAAGACUGUCGUUCAGCCCCCAACUAUGCAAAGUGAAGAUAAGCAUGGACCAAAGAAGAUAGCAGAGGAGUGGGAGCAAAGCACAGUGUGGCCUUCAUCAAAACCCCCCCCCCCAGAAGCACAGCAGGGCCAGCGCAGGAUUAACGAAAGUGGAAACACACUCAGGUUCACAUGCUCUCAAUGUAGGGACAACUUGGAAUAUGUUCCCAAAGACUUAGUGAAACACUUUGAGGAAGACCACAGAGGGAGCCCGCCUGUUUUUUCCUGUCAUACGUGUACUUUCAGUACGCAUGAGUUCUCCUACCUUCAGGUUCAUCUUUUAAGCCACAAGGACACUUUUUCUAGUUGCAACAUUUGUAAUGACAACGUUCAGCGCACAUGGCCUGAAUUCAGUGCACACCUGACUAUGCAUCACUGCCAAAAUGGCAAAUAUUCUUGUGAAAUGUGUCAGAAAUUCUCCACAGGUGAAGUUCGAGUAUUUUUAGAGCACAUGUACACACAUAAUUUGGGCCUGGAGGGAGCUAAGAAACUCUUGCUGCGCACAAAGGGCAAGAAUAAGUUUGGGCCUAAAGCAAACGCUCAAACUUUACAUUGUCAGCACUGUAGCUAUGAGGCAUCUCAGAAAUGGUUGCUUACUAAGCACGUUAAAGCUGUCCAUGUUUGCCAGAAUGGUAAUCAGAGGAGGAAGAAGAAGAAUAAGGAGGAGGUUUGUCCCAUAGCAAUGAAACCAAAUGACCCAAUCCCAAAAAUGAAGCCGAGAUUAACGAGAAGUGCAGUUAGGGAAAUGUGUUGGCUGACACAGGACUGCCUGUCUCUGCCAGGGAGAGAGUUCCUGGAUAAAUACUGCCAUCUGUCAGAUCCACAAACAACACUGGAGGAGACUCAACAGUUUUUGAUGAAAUCUGUUGCUGGAGAAACUAGCGACCAGAAAUGGACCAAGGCCCUUAAAACCGUUUUGUCAAAUGUCCCACAAGAUAUGAAUCUUCACCCGAAGUCAGAGAACGGCAUUGUGUCGAACUCGACGGAUCUCACCGUCCUUACCGUCAACAACAAGAUAACUGUGGCUCAGAACAGUGCUAACUACGGAAAGAGGUUGAAAAUGAUGACCUCAUCAGACAAGGAAAGUGUUUCCCCUGAAAGUGCUCCUACUGACGCUCGUCGCGUUGUUGACCAAAAUGGAUGUCACUCAAAUUCGAGCGAUCCAUCACCUUGUCCACAGACUGAAACCAAACUCAGUGACAUCUCAAUGCCAGCCAAGAGCGAGCCAUCGGACUGUGCUCAAAUGCAGGAAAACAGAGAGAAUCAGGAACUAAAGACUGAUCAGGAAGUCGAGGAGCACAGUAAAGAAUCUGAGGAGCCUAUGCACGAGGAUGGGAUUAAUAUCUCUAGUGAGCUGAAGAUGACAAAUGAGAGCGAAGAGCAGACAUCCUUUCAUAAAGUUGUACCAAAAAAUAACAGGCGAAGACGAAAAAGAAGGGCCAGAUCUAAAAGAGCGGCUAAACGCUCGUCAGGACUGGCCUUAAAGAUAGUGCUGAAGAAGAACCCAGUGAAGGAAAAGCAGUGGGUGACGCAGAGCUCUUUGUCUCCAUCAGGAGGUGUUCUGACGGACGACUGUCAUGGACUGCCAAGCCCUCAUGCAACAUUGGAGGAGACGCCAGAGCUUCUCCAAAACACACCGCUAACAGAAGCACACCAGAAGAAAUGGACCAAAGCUUCGGAGACCGAUCCGGACGACUCCUCUGAAGCCGUCACUUCACGUCCACAGUCAAAGCCAGGAGAAGAACUGACCCUCACUUGUCCCGCAGACGCACUGGGCUCUAAAACUAUGGACGGAAAAACGCCGGUCAAGCUCGGAGGCUUGCCGUCGACGCAUCAAGAAAUGCGAGAUGACUCAGAGAAGUCACGGCAGCUCCUGGAAGCAGAAGUGGACGAGAGCAGUUCAGCUUGUGAGACGGGCCGGGCAAACGGUGCAGCUGGGACUGAAGUAGAGAUGUGCCCCGAGAUCACACCACUCCAAACAUCAGGCACGGGCCACCGUGUGUCAGAGGAUGAGCUGAGUUCAGCCGCUGAGGGAGUGACUCCUCAUAGCAGUUCCACCAAGUCUUCCCCUGUUUCCCAACCCGUUAUUACAGCACAGGAUAAAGUCAACUCUGAAGAUGUAAGCUGUGCUUUCUCUUCAGAGCACAGUGAGCAGAGUGUUGAGGAGAGAGACGGGGAAGUGCCUGCUGACUCCUGCCCAGGGCUCCUCAGAAACAUCCACUCGCCCACAGGGAACGCAAUCCAACAGGAGCCCUCAGCAGCCUCUGGGCGUCCGUGGCAGCCGCUCCCAAAGAACCUGGAGAGAACCCUGAAGUUAGUAGCCAUAAAUCCAUCUCAGUUGGUGAAGCGUCCAGAUGGAGACCAGCCUGUCGUGGUGCUAAAUCAUCCAGACGCUGACAUCCCAGAGGUCGCCAGGAUCAUGGAGGUCAUCAAUAGGUACAGAGGGGAGGUGCAGAAGGUCGUACUGUCACGGAGAACUGUGAGCGCUCUCGCAGCCAUGGACGGUGAUGUCCCUGAGACGGACGCCCAACCUGAUUGUGCGGGGCACGCGAAGAACUCUGUACAGGAGAGAUUUAUGCUGAAAUUGAAACUCCGUAGGUUGAGUAGGAAAAAGUACGAAGUAGUCGGGGGCGUCUCUCCCAGCAGGGACGUUCCGACAAAGUUUCGCUGCUGGUUUUGCGGCAGGGUCUUCGCAUGUCGGAAAAUGUGGAUGGUCCAUCGGCAGAGGCAUCUGACGGAGUGGGAAAAGGCCAAACUGUGAAAACUCUUAAAUGUCGCACACACUGGAUGAAAAACAAAGAAAUGUCUGGAAAAAGGAUGACUUUGCAAUACGACAAAACGACAAUGGAAACAGUGAUAGCUAGUCUCCUCCGUUAUUUUUAAAGUCUUAAUUAUGUUUGGUUGGUUUUGAGGAGAAUCGGAUCACAUUCUCAGGGUAAACAUUUACCUAUUGUCUCUCUCGGAGUCGCUCGAUACAAACUCUUUGUACAUUAGUGAUUGUUUGUAAAGCCACAAUGAUGUGGUGUAGAUAAUUUAGUCCUUUUUGUAUCGUUGUUUUUUUGUCUACGCAAUAGCUUUAUUUAAGGUGAUUUAAGUACACUGUUAUAUGGAAUAUUUUAUAGAACACUGUAACAUUUGCCAUACCAUCUGAAUUUUAUGAAUCAGUUAAUGUACGGGUAGGCUCUACAGUGCGGUAGCUAUCAUAUUUAUGUUUUUGGAAUGAGAUGCGGAGACCCACAAUUUACUCAGAUAUACCAAAACUGUGUUUUAAAAAAAGCAGAAAAAAAAAGCCAAUAAGCUGUUUUAUUCAACAUUUAUUUAUGACUCUUAGCCUUUAUUUGCUUUUCUUUAUGCUUUUUGUUUUUGGCCAUUGGAAGAAUCGGUGUACUUGUAAAAUGUUUGUAGAAACUCCAAAUUGUGUUCAAAUAUUAGUAUCUGUAAGAGGUAUGUUUCCAUGCGAUCAUUCAGUGGAAGCAGGUGUCCCUAAAGACACCAUCAAUUUAAAAAAAAGUAAUGUUUUAUGAUGUCAGUGGAAUACUAUCAAAAAUCAGGAUUCAAGAGGCCGAGAUGAUUUGAUCAUAUUUUUUUUUUCCUCAAUGAAUUUCCUCUUUUGACUUGAAUGAUUAAUCAUUCAUCUUUUAAUUGCACUAUGAAAGGAGGAUUUAUAUUUCCCAUUACCUCACCCUUAUCAGACCUAAGCUUUUGACAAUCUCAACCAGUGUCUUGCUGUGGCUCAACAUUUCCCUAUGCAGCCAUGGUCCCUGAGUGUUCACAGCAAGGUGUGUGAGUGAGUGUGAGAGAGUGUGUGAGUGUGAGAGUGUGAGAGUGUGUGAGAGAGAGAGAGAGAGAGAGAGUGUCUGAGAUACUGAUAUUGUGCAUGUAUUUCUGGAGUGCACACAUCAGUGUCAGUAACUCACUGUAUAUAUAUCUUUU